AUGCAAGCCAUUCGCGUCCACCCAGCUCCUCCAUCAUCCAUCCCUUACUCACCCUCAAACCCCGCUCCAUCCUCAGCCCUACAUCUUGAUCACAAUGUCCCCAUACCCAAGCCAUCGAAACCCGGCGACAUUCUCGUUCGCGUCAAAGCCACAACAGUAAUUCGCGACAUGCUUACAUGGCCAGAGACCUACUAUCACGAAUACGCCAUAAUCGGCAACGACAUCUCAGGAAUCGUGACAGAGGUCUUCUCACCGGACUGCAAAUUCCAACCGGGAGAUGAAGUUUUCGGCAUGGCAGCUACAGACCGCGCAGCCGCCUGGGCGGAAUACGCACUUCUCAACGAGGAUGAACUCGCCCUGAAACCGAAAGCCUUGACAUUUGACCAAGCCGCGGCGUUGCCUCUUAGCGCACAGACGGCCUAUGAGGCAUUGUUUGAUCACGGUGGUAUUCCUAUGCCCUCGGCGGAGGAGGCUAUUAAGAACCAGGCCCAGUCCUCUGGCCAGAAAGGCCAGCGGGUGCUGAUUACCGGUGCCGCUGGAGCGGUAGGGAUUUAUCUCGUUCAGCUGGCGUCUGCAGCGGGAGUACAUGUUGUGGCGGCCACGAGUUCGAAUGCUCGUAAUGAAGAGUUCCUUCGAGGACUUGGUGCUGAUGAGGCGAUUGAGUAUGGUAUGCUGGAAAGCUACCGAGGGGUUUUUGAUGUCAUUAUUGAUGUGGUUGGGGGUGAGGUAUUGGCCAAAUGUUGGGACUAUGUGAAAGAGACGGGGGUGUUGGUCUCUGUCGAUUCAGCGAGUUUUAACUUUGUCGAAGAGCAUGAAAAGCGCGGAAUACGCAAGGAUGGUGUUCGUGCUUUGUUCUUCAUUGUCAAAGGCAGUAGCAAGGCCUUGCAUUAUAUCGCCGAACUUGUGGAUCUGGGCGCGGUGCAGUCUUUCGUCGUUGAGGCUUAUUCCUUUUCAAAAGUACAGGAGGCGUACGAUCAUGCUAAUGGGCGGUAUUCUGGACGUGGGAAGUUGAUUCUAACGAUUUAG